ACGUAGAUAAAAGAUAGGUAAACAAAAAUACAAAAUUAUGUUUGUUUCUCGGAGCAAUCAAUCUGAAAAAUUUCAUCCGAAUUUCUGAUGAAAAAAAUUUUGAAAGUUGUUGUUCGUAGGUAUUGGUAAUUACCGCGCUGUUCGCCUAAAUCGUUUAUUAUCCGCAGAAGAGGUCGAUCGUUUACGUGAUGAAUAUGUUAGUGCACCGCGACUAAUGCUGUUCACCCAGUUAUGCCAAUGAAGUAAAUAGAUUUAUGAUGAGAACUUUGGUAUGUUACUUGCUUCAAAUUUCCGUAAGAUGUGCUCGCCUAAGUCUACAUGAUCUGCCUUGAGUAUCAAUUUGUUAAAUAGGCGUACCGUGUAACAUCACAUUUAGAGCAUAUCUGUUAGUAAUUUUAAAUCCUGGAGAAUUCCUAUAUCACCGUAAAAGUUCUGUCAAUGUUAAUGCAAUCCACUCUUGGUUGUACACAAACUAACGGUAAUCUCUAAAGCGUAUAUAAUGGCUUACAAGAGACCGGUUUCGCCUCGUCCUAUUGAACUAAUGAAGGAUAUUAUGAAAUUGAUAGCUGAACCAAUUUCAGUGAACAAGAAAAAAUAUGUUGAAGACACUUAUUUUCGUCAACCUGGUAAAGAGCAUAAUCAUGACUUUUGUGAUGCUUGUCGUGAAGGUGGUGAUAUUGUCUGCUGUGAUAGAUGUCCAAGAUCCUACCAUAUUAGUUGCCACAUUCCACCUUUAGAUAAACUACCUGAUGGUGAAUGGCUGUGUAGAAGGUGUUCAAAGAAGAAUGGUGAGCCGAUGUGUGAAGUUCCUAUUAAUAAUGUUGAUAAGACUGAAAAUGACGAUACUGGGUGCCCUUACGAUUAUGUGGCCAAAGAUAAAUUUGAAGUCGACAUGUUGCCAAGUGUUGUUCAUCAAAUAAUUGGAAAAAGUGAUUCUUCCAAAUGCAUUAUAUUCACAGAUAUUAAAUCAGUAAUGAAGCGUAAAUUUGAUUCUCAGACUCCACGUUUCUUACCAAAGUUGAAGUCUGUUUAUAAAAUGCCUUUAGUGCGAAAAUAUAAUGGUAAACCUACUGCGCGAAGGCAGUUAGACAAAUUAAAGCUUCUCCGCAAAGAUGAUAAAUGUUGGUUGUGUAAUAGAGGUGUACUUGGAGGCCGAUUAGUACAAUGUGAUUUUUGUAAUCAUCUUUAUCAUCUCGACUGUUUAGACCCACCUAUUCGUGAUUGGGACCAUAGUAUGAAAUGGUUAUGUCCAGAACACGACAAAUUCUAUGAACAGGUUUAUCCGAAAAUUUUUAAAGGUGAUCGAUUGUAUUCAGAUCGCAUAACCUUAAAAAGAUUACGAUGUCAAAUACCUAGCCAAACUGUAAAUACAUUAAUUAGUAUACCUAAUCAUAUUGAUGCCAUGUAUAAAAAGAGUGAUGAAGAUGACAUUCCAACAACACCAUCUAAAGGUGCUUCCUUAGAAAUUUUAUGUGAUAUUGCAACGUUUGAAUUGAAAUCAAUGAUUCCUGAUAAUUUGAUCGAUAAUGCUGAUUUAAAAGUUUCAAAUGAUAUUGCUCUACAGUUCCUAGCACUUCAAAGUCUUUACCAAUUGCAAGAAAGCCAUUUAUCGUUACCAACAAAACCUCUCGCUUAUCUUUCCUGUUUAACAUCACCCAACACGACUACUUGUAUUCAAAAAAUUGCAUUUACCAUAGGAGCUUCCCCCGACUGUGAUCUCUGCUUACUUGGUUAUGGAAAUUGUGAAAAUGUUUCUGAUCUUCAUGCUACAAUUAUAUUUGAUGAGAAUAUUGGAGCUUUUAGCGUAACAAAUCAUAGCAAAUAUGGUAUUAUAGUGAAUAACGUUUCAUAUUUUGGCAACCACCAACCUAUAGAUCUGACAAUCAGAGAUUUGAACAAAAUUAAUUUUCAAAUUAAGAAACAUAUAAAUAAACGGCGAAAAAUUGUUCGAAGUCAACGUAUGUUUAGCUUUAGUCAAACUAAUAAAGAAAAGUUGUUAAUAAAAUAUACAAGCAAUAAGCGGGACCCCAAGCUUGAUUACCGUUCUCUAACAAAGUAUUAUAGAAAAAUGUUAAGUAGCACUAAAUAUACUUAUUCAGAUGUUGAGUGCUCGUGUUCAAAAAGGCUGAUUCCUAAAGAUGGAUAUCCAGGUUUAGCGUUUUUAUCUAGUGGCUCAACAAUGUUGAUUGGCUGUAUAAAUUUUACUUUUACUCACGAUCAAUAUGUUAGAUCGGUUUCCAUCAAACAUAUGAAUACUGAUGAGCCAUUCAUAAAAAGAGAAAAAACAAUAGAAAAUGAAAUUUAUUCUAAAACCAAUGAAAAAGAGAACUCUGUUACUAGCAAUAGAAGCCAAGGUGAUGACAGAAUUGAAGAUGAAGUAGUUGUUACCAACAGUAAAUGUUUUUCUCAAAAUGAGAGUAUCGUAAACUCUAACAAUAGUAAUAAAGAAAAUCAACUAGAAGUUUUUAUCAAUGGAGAUUGUUCAUCUAAAAAUAAAAAUAUCAAAAACACCUGUAAAACUAAUAGAAAAGAUGAAAAUAAACACGAGGUCGUUACCAAUGGUGAUUGCUCACCUGAAAAUGAGACUAUUGUGAACACUCCUACCGAACAAAAUUAUAUUAAACUAGAUAAUUCUGUAAAUGAUUCCAUAGUUAAUGGUUUAUCAAUUAGUUACAAAAACAAUACAUCAAUUGAAGAUGUAAAUAAGUCCAACUCGUUUGAUGAUACUGAAUCGACUAAAUGGUUAAAUACAAAUGGAGUUUCGAACAAAAUGCAAUCUUGUUCUGCCAGUGAUUUAAUACAAGAGGUAGAAGUUGAUGCUAACUACGAGUGUUUUAAUGAAACGUACAACAAUGAACAUAAUAUACAGGAAGAAAUUGUGUAUGAGAUGGAUUACCUAGAACCAAGCCACAGCAGAGUUGAAUAUGUUAGUGAAGCUGAUGCUCAAAACUGGAUCAUUGAAGAAAUAUUGGAAGAAGAAGACAAUAUGAAUAUUAGUAGUAGCAGUGAAAUUGUCAACGAGUCGAAUUCAUUUGAUGAUCAGCUCUCGGGUAGUAAGGUAUCAAACAAUUCUUCAAUAGAAUACUCCGUAUCUGGAUGUAAUUAUAAAGAGUAUAAGACUGAAAAUGUGUAUUAUCAUGCGUCUAGUCCGUGCGAUGAAACUAUUGUCAUAUCAGAUGAUGAUGAAUGAUGAUUAAGAUUAAAAAACCAAAGAUAAUUUUUUGUUAUUGAUUUAUUAAGUUUUGUUGAAGUUAUUUUGUUUAAAAUGCCAGUAUUAUAUAUUUUUUUAAUGUCAAUUAAUUUUUUUGUCAUUUAUUAUUUUUGUAAAUGCUGAUAAAACAGUCAUUAUUGUUAAACUAUUUUC